AUGCUAUCUCGCAUAGCUUUGCGUUCAGCUUCGGCUAGACAGACUGCUUCAACAGCACUAGUAGCGCGUGGAUCAGCUACUGAUGCAGUCGGAGUACGUGAUGAGAAAAACUUCCCUAGGCCAGUUCGUGGUGAGCCUGGCAAGGUCCGGCUUGGCUUUGUACCCGAAGAAUGGUUCCAAUUCUUCCAUUCAAAGACCGGUGUGACUGGUCCAUACGCAUUUGGUGUUGGCCUCACUACAUACUUGUGCAGCAAGGAGAUCUAUGUCAUGGAACACGAGUACUAUACGGGUCUUUCCAUUUUCUUAAUGGUGUACUAUGCCACCACUAGGUUUGGACCUAAAAUUGCUGCCUGGCUUGACAAGGAAAUUGAUGCCGUUGAGACGAACUGGAACGAGGGUCGUGUUCAGAGUAUAAAGACCUUGGAGGAAUCGAUUGAAGAUGAAAAAACAGCCCAAUGGCGUGCCGAGGGUCAGGAGAUUCUCGUUCAGGCCAAGAAGGAGAAUGUGCUACUUCAACUUGAAGCGGCUUACAGAGAGCGAUUGAUGACCGCAUACACAGAGGUGAAGCGUCGUCUCGACUACCAGCUGGAGAAAUCGAACGUGGAGCGCCGCCUUGCCCAGAGGCACAUGGUCGACUGGAUAGUGACCAACGUCACCAAGGCCAUCACCCCCGACCAGGAGAAGCAGACUCUGGACCGCUGCAUCGCGGAUCUGUCCGCCCUCGCAGCCAAACAG